AGUUGCAUGCACGCUCUUUCUUCAGCAGCGAGUGGAUGCGGAUCUCGACCAGCGAGUCCUUGUCGAUGCAUUACUGUCCUGGUGGUAUGUGGAUGUUUAGAGACAUGGUAAUCCCGAUAGAUUGCUCGCGUGUAACCCUGUCCACAUCUCAAAUCUCGAGCAUGAGCUGGCUCUGUUGUGCUGUUCGUGAUUCAGCCAUUGCCACUCCUCAAUUAGCGUUGUUCUGCCUCCAUUAGGCCGCCCAAGAUGAACUCGGGCAAGUUCUUCCCCCUCAUGGUCGUGGCGCUCUCCAUAUAUCACACUGCAGCAGCUUCUAAUGCUGCCCCUGCCGCCGCGAACGCGCCAAUCUACUACGGAAGGCCAAACAACGGUGGUUACCCGUACCCCGCCACCACACCGGAAGCAGUAAAGCCUGGUGAAAACAAGACCGAGGCUCCUACUCCUCCAAGCGAGCCAAUUUACUAUGGACGCCCUAACAAUGGUGGAUAUCCCUACCCCACUCCAGCGACGCACGAUCCUGAAGGCAGCUAUUCAAGUGAGAACGCGACAGCCACUCCCGCCCCUGCGAACGUGCCGAUUUACAAUGGCAGGCCUAAUAACGGCGGCUACCCGUACACGAACACCCAGCCAUAGCCUAACGCUGUUAAGGACUAGAAAUUGUCAGUCUUUUGAGAAACUGAAAGCUCG